AUGUCGAGAAACAGCAUCUACGAAGCUCGUCUGCUUUGGGCUCUCAUUGUGGGCACAAUCGCGGGAUAUAUUAUUACAGAGAUCCUCUCCUAUAGGGCAGAAAGGCCAAUGGAGCAACCGUCGCUAGCGGAACAGCUGAAGAAAGAGGUGCGCGUGCUGUGCUGGGUAAUGACCCAUCCAGGUAAUCACAAGCUGAGGGCACUGCACGUCAAGCGCACCUGGGGCAAGCGUUGUAAUAUUCUGCUGUUCAUGAGCUCUCAAUUGGAUGAUGAGCUGCCGACAGUAAAAUUGAAUUUGACUGAGGGGCGAAACUAUCUCUGGAUGAAGACAAAGAGCGCCUUCAAGUAUGUCUACAAUAAUUACUAUAACGAUUCCGAUUGGUUCUUCAAGGCGGACGAUGACACGUUUGCGGUGAUCGAAAACAUGCGAUAUAUGCUCUAUCGAUAUAAUUCCGAGACGCCCGUCUAUUUUGGCUGCAAGUUCAAAAAGUACUUCAAGCAGGGCUUCAUGUCGGGCGGUGCUGGGUACAUCCUGAGCCGCGAGGCCUUGCGCCGAUUUGUGGUCGAGGGCCUGUCCAAUCCUAAGAUUUGCAAGUCCGGCCCUGACGGAUCUGAGGAUCUCAUGAUUGGACUAUGCAUGCAGAAUCUGAAUGUAACAGCUGGCGAUUCACGCGAUGCCAAUGGAAACGGUCGCAUGUAUCCACUGUAUCCCUCGUUUCAUUUACAUCCACCAGACAAUAAAACAUUUUGGUACUGGAAUUAUGCAUUCUAUAAUACGACAGACUGUUUCAGCUGUGUCGCAAAUACAGCAAUAUCCUUUCACUACGUCAAGCCCAACGAAAUGUACGAAUAUGACUAUUUCAUUUAUACUCUAAGAGCCUAUGGGCUCACACACAAUCAAGAGUUGAAGCUGCCCACUAAAUUGGCUGCAGGGGAAUAUAAACCUGAGGGCACUGAGACCGCAAAGUCAACAAGUGAGGCACUGUUGAAUCAGACAUCUUAA